AUGGAAAGUCACCCAUUUGCUAGCGCCAAAAAUGAGUCGGGCAAUGCGCAGUUCUCAACAGGCUUAGGAACCCCAAUGAUCAUUAACAACGCCUUCAGUAUGAAUAACCAUACAACAUUUGAUAAAAACGACUUGACCAAAUACUUUGACAGUUUCCUCAACAAAAGCAACCAUCCGUACAUUUGUUUGAUCCACGUUUUUUUUAAGAUCCUCGCCCUGUCGCUAUACUUCAUAGGACCUCUCCUAUUUCGAAGUGAAAAAUCGAAUGAACAUGACUUUAUAAUCACGUUUGCAGUUACCCUAUUUUUAGUUUCUCUGGAUUUUUAUUUGGUUAAAAAUAUUACCGGCAGGUUCCUGGUGAAGAUGAUAUGGUGGAUCGACGCCAAUGAAGACUACUCCAACAAAAUAAUUUUCAAGUCGUCAGAAGAAAGCCUGUUGAAUGGCACAGACAAGAAGGUUUUUUGGUAUGCCCUCUAUGCAAACUUUCUCAUAUGGCUGACUCAGACCUUACAGAUGUUGAUGUCGUUUCAGUUCUGCUGGUUUUUGCUUUGCUUUCUGUGCCUAUUUCUCUCCUUUUACAACUUAUUUAACUUUUGGAAGUGCUCCAAGGAGCAGCCUAAAGUAGUAGACACCUUCUUGAGCCGCAUCAAUUUGAACCAGUUCUACAAGAAAGUGUUCAGUGGAUAG